AUGGGUAGAUCAAAGAAAAGAUCAAGAGCCUCUUCGUCCCGUUUGAAUCCACUACACAAAGCUGGUUCAAAUAAUAAUAAUAAAGAUGCUAAUGUCGUCAAUAAAAGACUUCAGCCGCUACUGCAAAAUCUAUCAAGUGUGGUGCCAAAUGACAGAAGUAUGGCUUUGAGCUCCAUCAGUGUCCUUUGUGAGGACGCUCAUAUGAGGCAAUUGCUAUUGAAGGAAAAACUAGUGCAUAUCAUUCUGAGUAAGCUAUUGAACGAUUCUAAUUCGGAUAUAGUUGUUGAAUCGUUUGGCUUAUUGAGGAAUCUAUCCCUGGAAGAAGGUUAUGACGUGUCAAUUCACCUGUGGAGGUCUGAUAUAUGGACAAGUAUAUCAAGCAACUUUGCCAAAAUAAUUGAUUCUUUAUCUGCUUUGCAAGCAGCGGAACAACAAUCCCAAUCAAAACCUGUUGGGAAGGCCAAAAUAGAAUCCAGAAGGUUGCUAUUCGAUUUUGCCGAUAACUUAUUAUCUUUGGUUGUGGCCUUAUCUAAUGGUUCCGAUGAUAUUCUUAAUGAAAUAUUAAAUGAAAAUAAAAUAAACGAAAUUUUUCAGGUCAUUCUCCAACUAUUACAAUAUGGUGUCGAAAAAAUACCAGUUAACCUUUUCAACACAAUCCUUGACCUUAUUUAUGAUUUAAGUUCCGAAUCAUUUGACUUUAUCGACCUUGUCUCAAACAAUAAGGAUAUAUCUCACUUUCUAAAUGAGCUAUCUACAGAUUUGCAUCCUCAAGCUAAUGAGCUGACGAGAGUUCUGAUCGAAGGCAUCCAUUGCCAAUUCCUUGAUAUGAAAAUAACGUAUGAUCAGUGUAACAAAAUAAUUCAUUCUGUGUGUCAUUCCAUUAACGACAUAGAUCCAGUACAAUUAAUGAAUGAUAUCGAUAAUCCUGAGGAAAUUGUGCCCGCCACCGAUAAAGAUGAAACCAGUAAGGUAAUAGAUAAGAUCAAGAACUACAAUGCUAAACGUAACGAGUCCAUGAUGAAGUUGCAAAGUAUUGAAAUAGCAAUUGACCUUAUCACCGCUAUUAUCGAAUUAAUUGCAUCUAAGUAUGAAAGGCCAGAAUCGCACGAAGCUACAAUUCCAGAGGAGCUGGUCAAUACCUUAAUAAAUUUCCUACCUCAUGUCUUCAUGAUCUUGAAAGACACUUUCACCUCACGAAUAUUGAUUGGCUGGAAUAAUUUAAUCUGGCUGUACAUUACACUAUCAUUAACUGAGAUCUCCGAGGAGCUGUUGGUUGCAUUAUGGAGUUACGUGACACAGUUGAACAAUCAGGAUGAUUUAAGUAUUAAAAUAGGGGGAAUGGGCUGUAUCUGGGCUAUCUUAAAGCUCAUCUACUCUAGCGGAGCUUUUGAAAAGGACAGUCAAGCAUUGACUAAUUUGCAAAUGGUGAAUAAUUCAGAAUUCGUUGGGAAAAUUAUUGGCGAAUUUCAAAACAGCGAGGACCUGGAACUGAAGCAAAAGUGUAUUAAUGUAUUGAGUACAUAUGCUAUGGUGGAAGGGCAAAUUGAAGUAAAUAAGGAAAUUGGGCAGUUUUUCUUAGAAAGUUUGAUUAAAUCAAACGUUCAGCCUGAAAUCCUAAUGGAAAUGACAAAUGCACUCUUCCAAAUUUACGGUGACGCAUCUUACGAUUAUAAUGAACCAAUAUUCGUAAGAGGAGGAUUUUUAUCUAUCCUAAAAGACCAAGUAGUACCAAAUUUGAGACAGCAAUUUAAAAUGGUUGAUAGAAACAAAGAUCCUGAACUAAAGGAAAGGUGUCACGACUGUUUUACUACAUUAGAUAGUUUUAUUCACUACAAGAUCAAUGAAGGUUGUGUUAACCAAUAA